UUUUCUUGUCUUUACAGGAAGUGUACUCAUGUCAACCCCAGGCUUCGCUGAGUACACUAACCAAUGGAGUUUAAUGAGUUUUUAACCUGAUAAUUGUACAGUUUUUUACACAUUCAGAUUGAGGAUGGCUCCUCAAACAGCUGAGAGGGUUUGUGGUAGUUAUGGCAGCUUUGGAAGUCCCUUCAAAAAGACCAAGGAAAAAACCUGUUGUUCACAACCCUUCAUUAAACCACACAUGAAGUUGACGGAACGUCUCAAGAGAAAAGUCCUCAUGUUUUUGGGAUACCAGGAGAAAGAAGAUUUUACCUUUGAUGAGUCUAAACUUAUCCUCAGAGGUCUAUCAGAUGAACUUAACAAGAUACUUCAGAUCAGAGACUCGUCACUGCUGACCAGAGCCUGUGAAGAUGGAUCUAGUGUGGAGGAGAGACAAUACUGUAUCCUGCAUUGGGCUGAUGAAAUAAAGCACUCACUGGGGCCAGAACAGGAAAUGGUGAAACAGCAUCAAACCACAUCUGAUCACAUGCCAGAUGAGGGACUCAGACUGAAGGAAGCCAGGAAGGUGCUGUCUGACUGGGCCUGGAGCCUCAACACCAGGGAGCAGGAUAAGGUGUGUCUGGGGGAUGAUGUGUGUUCAGUGCUGCAGGACCUGGAGAGACAGUGGAAGAGAGGAAACCUUCCCAGCAUGCUCCCUGUCAUGGACUUCCUCAUCUGGAGUUUGCUGCAGGAACACGAGAAUGAGGGCUGCAUUUCCAAGCAGUGGCUCACAACCAAGCAGAGGUUUGGGAGCAGAGUGGCUCUGAAUCACAUUCCUGACUCUGUUUGGGACUGGAUUUCUAAAGCAUCAGAUGACAUCACACUCGAUCCAGACACAGCAAAUCCAAGCCUCAAAGUGUCCAGGGACAGGAAAAGAGUUAAGAUGGACACCCUCAUAGAGAGUCAACACAACCCGUGGGAUGGAUACAGCAGGACUCUGAGUCAGUACGAUGGGUGGUGGUGUGUUCAGGGAGCACAGGGCUUUACCUCAGGCAGACAUUACUGGGAGGUGGAGGUCAGAGGGAAGAAUGAGUGGAGGAUAGGAGUGGUCAGAGAGUCUGCACCUCGACAUGGGUUUGUUGACCUCAACACAACAGCUGGUUACUGGACCCUCCGUCUGCAGUUUGGUCAGCUGAUGGCCAUGACUUCACCAGUCACUAAGCUGGAGCGCUCUGCACCCUCCAGGUUAGGGGUGUUCCUGGAUAUGGAGGAGGGGCAGGUCUCCUUUUAUGAUGCUCAGCAGAAACGGCACAUCUACACCUUUGAUGCUGACUUUGGUGACGCAGGGAAGAUUUACCCGGUGUUUGGCACCUUUGAGACAGACAGGGAGAUAAAGAUUCUGUAAAAUUGUAAUGAUAAAAA